UUUUUUUUUUUUUUUUUUUUUUUUUUUUUCCAAAAUAAAUCUGUUUCGUAGAACUUGUUUGACCGAUCUGUUUAAACCACACUCCUCCAAUCGCAUUUCCAAACUUUUGCUGCCGUACAGCGAAAUGAGCAUAUAAUAUCUCCGUGACCGGUGAACGUAAUGCCUUCCUUUAUCGAACAUUGAGAAAUACCUCAUUCGGCCGGCAAGGCACGUUGGCAAGGCACGUCUACUAGGUUGGUGCUUAUUGAACCAUGGUAGUAGAAGCGAUGGUCACGUUCCUUCGAUGCUGCUUGAACCGAACGACCAGAUUAGAGCCCCAUCAUGGGUCUGUCCGCUCGGUCUGUGUGUUCGGUCUGUGGGCAAGCGGUUAGGGGUCGCACGGUCAACAACGGUCUUCUUUCCCCCCCUUCAGGAUGGGGGCUCUUUUCCAUGGAUUAGCCCAGAGUUGUCUCCACAAUCACCCCGUCGCUAAAAAUGGUGGCGGGAAGAUCCUGAUCAUCAAAGCACGAAAGAGGCGACGGGGUGGUCAUGGAUCCAUGCGUCUUCCUUGUUCUCGUGUUUUCCCCUUCACAAAAGCCGCAAUGGCAAAAAAAAAAUCUAAGAUAUUGACCGUAGAGCAUGUUAUAUUAUAUGUAUUAUUAUAUUUAAAAGAAGAAGUCAUAAACGGAGUUGCAGUUGGGUAUCCAUCACUGAGUGGUGGCAAGGUGCCUAUGGUGUUAAUCUAGAGGCUUGGGAUCCCCCAACCAAGCCAGAAGACCAAGCCAGAGAGAGAAAACAACCUUCCAGGCUGAAUUGUAAGGCAGCAAGCAUAUGGAUAUCUGGUAUCCAAGUAGCAAGUAAUAAGGAAAAUAAAGAGAUGACAUAUCAGAUA